CGUGCGUGCGUGCGCGCGCGCGCCCUUGUUUCUCAAACUUCCGUAAACUCUCUCUCUCUCUCGAGUCAGUCAUCAUGUCCAACAACAACGCCAGCAGCAGCAGCGUGGCCGUAGCGCAGAAAGCCGUCAAACAGCUCAGACUAGAGGCCAAGAUGCGACGGAUUAACGUUUCUCAGGCUGCCACGGAUCUCAAGAACUUCUGCAUGCAGAACGCCCAUAAAGACCCGCUGCUGAUGGGCGUGCCGUCCAGCGACAACCCCUUCCGGCCGCCCAAGUCCUGCGGCCUCCUCUGAACCACUGCUGCCUGAUCGCACACAGAGCGGGCGAAGCGUUGCAGAUGAUGUGACUGCCUUCAAGCGUCUGUCUCUACCUUUACACUACUCCAUAAAGACCUCCUGGAGCACUACACACACACACACACUACUUAGCAUAGCAAAAAAAAGAAACGUUUCUACUGGUUCUUCGCUCUUAUUUCAUAGCUGCACAGAUGCUGUCUGUUCGUAUGAACUGUAUUAUAAGUAAUAAUAUGCUGAAUGUCCACUGUAUGGUACCACCGACUGUAAAGCCCCGUGUUUCGGAAGCAAUUUUAUGUACCUUUUUAUGUAUUUGUAAUGCGUAUUUUACGAAAACAAAAAGACUUCCUGGAAGACUGAAUGAAGUUUACCCUGGUUUACGUGGAAGGAAUGAACGAGUUAAACUAUUUUUCCUAUCAAAAAUGACAUUUUUCUACUGUAGCCUUUUACUAAUUUAUGGCCAGCAGGGUUUGGUUUGAAGAUCAUUGUGUCUUCAGCGGAGCACGUGUUAGAUGUCUUCCUGUGUCUGACGCUGGUUUGAGGUCUGGAUUAACGACCUGAGGAGUUCAAUCAGGUGCGUCUGAUGAGAAAGACGUUCAGUGUGUGUGCUGCUGAGGAAACCCUGAUCACCUGCUGCAUUAAACCCCUUUUUCCCUGUUUCAUUGACUUUUUGCUGAACUGACUUUUAAAAUAAAGUUUUAUUGAUCAAUA